AUGGCAUAGGAUCAUUUAAAUUAAAAAAAGGCUCUUUUAUUUCUAAAUAAGUCUCAUAAUGACAAAUAAGAAGAGGCUUUAUCCAAAAAGCUGUAAGAUUGUUGUAGAUAUUUAAAAUUUUAGAUCCUAAAUAGAUAUUGUUGGAUGGAAACCUCACUAUCCUAGACUUAAUGAUGGUAAAUAUGUAGUUCACACAACAUUCCAAGUUAAAAUCACAAAAUCAAAACAAAUAACAUACAUAUCGGAUGGAGAAAUACUUAGGUAAAUUUAAAUAUAAAGAACAAAUAGAAAAGAAAAGUUUCAUCAAAAGGAAGAAAUAAAAAUAUAUUUAAAUUUAGAUUAAAUUAAGUCCUUAAAAUGGAAGUGUUCAAAAGAAGAUGAGACUCAAACAAUAGUAAAAUAUGUAGGAUGCUGGAAUGGUAGAUUAACCAAUUUAGGAGGGAUCGUUGAUGAAUUUGGUUAUAGAAUUGGGGAAUGGAUUGAACCUUGUGAUACUUAUUGUAGGUAAUUAAUUUAAUUUAAAUGUAGUCCAUAUUAAAUAACAUUUUCUGGAACUUAUGGAAAAAAAGGGUAGAGAAUUGGUUAAUGGAUCUAUUGGUAUGAAUACGAGAGAAUGUAUUAAUCUUGAUAAUUAUUAGAGGGGGUGGUCAUUAUGAUGAAAAUGGAAGAAAAAAUGGAUAAUGGUGUGAAAUUCACAGAAGCUAUGAUCAUUAGUAAGUAAUUUACUUAAUUAAGUCAAAAAGUAAUCAUAAUUGGAGAUUAUAUUAAAGGAAUGAAAAAAGGAAGAUGGUCAGUGUUUGAGAACAAUCAUUUAAUGUAGAUAUUCUAUUUAUAUAAUAAGUGGAGAAGGGUCUUAUAAUGAAAAUGGUCAGAAAAUAGGGAAAUGGACUGAAGUAUCCGAAAGUUACUAAGAGUAUAAUAAUUCAUAACUUAUUAAAUUAUAAGUUAUAUGUAACUAAUAUUUGGUGGACAGUACAAAAAUGGUGUAAGAAUUGGAAAAUGGUUAACAUAUUAUAUGGGAUAAACUCUAUGUAGUUAAUACACAAAUAAUGAUGAAAAAGUAAUGUAUGAUUUUCUGUAAAUAAUAAUUAGAGGAGGUGGAUUUUAUGAUGAAUUUGGAUUAAAAUAGGGAUACUGGGUAGAAUUUUAUGAGGGUGGAUAUUCCUAGUAUUUUUUCACUCUAAUUGUAGUCGUGCUUAAUUUAGAAUUGUGGGUGAAUACAAAAAUGGUUUGAAAAAUGGAUUUUGGAGAAUCAUAAUUUUUAUUUUAGAUGGCGAUGAUGUUGUGUAAUUUUAUUUAAUUGAAUAUUUAAAUAGAGGAGGAGGUCUUUAUGAUGAUAAGGGAAAGAAAUCUGGCGAAUGGAUUGAAAUAAUAGAAAACGGUGAUUUAGUUUUGAUAUCUGAAGUGGGAUUAUAUAGGUAUGGAGUUAAAUUCGGAUAAUGGGAUACCUAUUUUCUAUUUAAUAAUCAAAAAAUGUUAAUAUAAAUAAAUAGCUUAGUGGAGGAGGCUGUUAUAAUGAAUAAGGCUUAAAAUCUGGAUAAUGGAUAGAAUAACAUGAUUAAAAUAAUUUAGACUAAAUGUAAAUUGUUGAAAAAUUAAACUAUAGAAUAACCCAUAGUGGAGAAUAUAAUGAGGGUAAAAAAAUGGGUUGUUGGAAGACUAUAUUAAAUGAUGAAGGAUUAUUUUCUAAAAUGUAAGUUGUAAAUAUAUAAAUUUUUAAAAGCGGAGGUGGAUUCUACAACAAUUAAGGGUAAAAAAUAGGUCAAUGGAUAGAUAUACUGAGUUAAACUUACAAUGAACUAAGUUUAUGUAAUUAGAUAUAGUUAGUUUUAAUUAAUGGGUGUUAUAAAGAUGGCGAAAAGAAUGGUUAAUUUGAUACAUAUAUUUAUUCAAAAGAAUUGACUAAAGCUCAGAAGAUGUAAAUUAUUAAUAUCAUUAAAAGUGGAGGUGGUUAUUAUUUUGACGGUAUGAAAGUAGGAAAAUGGAUCGAAAUUAACUAAAACUAUUCGAGGUAAAGGAUUUAAUAACAAUAGCAAUUGUAUAGAUUCAAUUAUUCAACAUGGAAGAUAUAGUGCUGGAAUGAAAAUCGGAAUAUGGGAAACAUCAAAAGCUUAGAAAAUCAGGUAUUUGAUCAAUAAUCAACUUAAGGGAUUUUGGAUAUUAUGGUUCGAAUGGGGAUAAGGAAGGAAAAUGGAUAGAACAAUUUAUAUAUACCUGCAUGUAUUCUUAUGUCAUAUUUAAAAUAGGAUAAAUUUAUUCAGUAUGGGUUAGUAUAGCAAAGGAAAAAAAAUUGGAAUAUGGCAAAUAAUGUAUCUAAAGUCUAAGAAGGACAUUAUAAUAAUGUAAAAAAAUAGUAGUUAAUAAAAAUCUUUUAGUGACUUUGGGAGUUAUAAAGAUGGAAUUAAACAUGGAAAAUGGAUUGAAAUAGAGGAGAAUUAAAUUACCCAUCAUGGAUAUUAUAAUAAUGGCAUUAAGAUUGGUACUUGGGAAAAGAUAAAUGUAGGGAUACCUAGCAAUGAGGAUCUUCAUAAUCAUUUUUUUUUUUUAUGAAUCAUUGCAAGAUUAUUAUGAUUGAGC